CGUGCGACAGGGAAAGAGAGAGAGGAGGGCACCAUCGCACAGGGCAAAGAAAGGUGAGAGAAGAAGAGGGGCGGCAGCGGAGGGGCGGGCUUCUUCUCUUCCUUCUCCCUUUCUCUCUGCCCACGCAAGCGCAGGCGCAAGCGAUCGAUCGCCCCAGAUCCGGCAUUGCCCUCUCACUGCGCCGCCGCCGAUCGAGCGAGGAGAUUCGUGCGUGUGGGGACUUCUUUAACUCGAGCGCGCUGCGAAUUGGAGCUAAGCUCACAGGUUUGAAGGAGCGAAUGGAUGUGAAUUACACUGGGUGGGCGGUGGGCUGCUACUAGAUUGCGCUCCUCCUCCCUUCCUUUCUUUUGCUUCUCGGGGAUGGCGUCCAUAGCGGCAGAUCAGAUUUCCAAGCUCUGCCCUUGCUCGUCGCGCGUGGACGACAUACUGGAUCGCUCGGGUGAGGAGCGGCUUGCUAGAACGGGCGGAGGGCCUCAGGAUCUCACGCUCUCGCAGGAGGAGGCGCUUAACAGGUUUAGAUCGCUGCUGGUGGAGCACAAUCUGGUGCGCAAGCGCGACACUGACUGCGAUCUCUUGCGCUUCCUGCGAGCUCGAUCUUUCGAUGUCGCCAAAGCCAAGGCCAUGUACGAGGCAAUGCUGGACUGGCGCAUGCAAGUCGGGGCCGACACCAUUCGAGAGACAUUCGAUUUCCCGGAGAGGAAUCUGGUGAAAAAUUUGUACCCACAUUUCCAUCACAAGACUGACAAGCUGGGGCGACCUCUGUACAUCGAGAAACUGGGGCAGCUCCAGGUGGACGAGCUGAUGAAGAUCACCACCAUGGACAGGAUGAUGAUGGAGCACAUCCAAGAGUGGGAGAUUCUCAUCGAGUGGAAGUUCCCGGCGUGCUCACGCAAGGCCGGCAAGACGAUAUCACAGUCGCUGGCCAUCCUCGACUUGAAAGGAGUGACGAUGAAACACAUGAGCAAGCAAGUCCGGCAUUUCAUCCAGAACAUCUCCAAAGUGGACCAGGACUACUACCCCGAGUUCCUGGGCAAGAUGUUCAUCGUCAACGCUCCCAUGGCGUUCAAGGCCAUCUGGACGGUGAUAAAGCCGUGGCUGGACAAGCGCACGCAGAAGAAGAUCGAGGUCCAUGGCAGCAACUUCGCUCCCAAGCUGCUGGAGCUGGUGGACAAGCAAAACUUGCCCGAGUUCUUGGGUGGCAGCUGCCGAUGCCCGCAAGGCUGCGAGUACUCGGACGCCGGGCCUUGGAACGAAGCUCGCUACCACAUAUCGGCCUUGGCGGAGGAACAAGACGAUGGAGCAAGCUUUGGCGAUUGCCGCCACCGGAAUGUCAAGGACAAGGGACCCAUGCAGUGGUCGUGCCUCGACACUUAGUCGCGACUCCAGGGAUGAGUUAUGGAAAUCCGGCUCUCACUCGAGCAAGCGUUACAAUCCCAUCAAGAUUAAACUUGGUUCACUGGAGCUACCUCCGAGCGAGUUCACAGAAGUUGACAGUCGGCAGUGCUACGUAUAGCAUCGCUGCCUUGGAAGUGAUGAUACUACAGAGAUCUACACACGAAAGAAUCCUGGAUUUUGUACCAGCCAAUUGAAAAAAACAGUGACACAUCUUUUUUUC